AUGUUGGAUUCUGUUGUAGUUGACGAAUCGGAACGCAUAUUGUUUUUAACUAUGGCGGCGGCACUUGUUAGUUCGUCUCGUCAGGUGGGGAGGCUAACAAGCGCUGCAAGAAGACUUUAUUCAGAUGCAUACCCCAAAAUAACUACACACUACACAAUCCAUCCCAGAGACAAGGAUCCAAGAUGGAAAGAUAUAAGUAUGGAACGGGUUGCGGAGGAGACGGAUAUCUUAAUCAUUGGAGGAGGUCCAGCUGGUAUGGCUGCCGCCAUCAAAGCAAGACAAAUAGCAGAGGAAAAGGGAGCUGAAGUCAGAGUGACUUUGCUAGAAAAAGCAGCUGAAAUUGGAGGACAUAUUUUAUCAGGGGCCUGUGUGGACCCCAUAGCUCUUAAUGAGCUGAUACCAGAUUGGAAGGAAAAAGGUGCACCAAUGAAUACUCCAGUUACAUCAGACAAGUUUGGUUUACUAACUAAGAGUGGCAGAAUACCACUGCCUGCAUUCCGUGGUUUACCUAACUACAAUCAUGGCAACUAUGUUGUGAGGCUUGGACAUCUUGUGAAAUGGCUUGGAGAACAGGCAGAAGCAGCUGGUGCAGAGGUAUGGCCAGGUUGCGCAGCUGCUGACCUGAUAUACCGUGACGACGGUUCGCUUAAAGGAGUCGCCACAGGCGACGUGGGCAUCGCCAAGGACGGCAGCCCCAAGGACAUGUUUGAACGAGGCAUGGAGUUCCACUCCAAAAUCACUAUUUUUACUGAAGGUUGUCACGGCCAUUUGACUAAAAUGGUUUCAAGUAAAUAUAAUCUGCGUGAGAACAGCGAGCCUCAGUCUUACGGCAUUGGGUUAAAGGAAUUGUGGGAGGUCAAACCAGAGAACCACAAGCCGGGCCUUGUGGAGCACACUGUUGGCUGGCCCCUUGACAAGAACACAUACGGUGGCUCAUUCAUCUACCACUUAAAAGUACCAGAAGGCGAACCUCCUCUGGUCGCCGUAGGCUUCGUCGUGGGCUUAGAUUACUCCAACCCUUAUCUGAGCCCUUUCAGAGAGUUCCAGCGGUUCAAGACGCAUCCAUAUGUCAGGCCUAUGUUCGAAGGCGGCAGCCGCAUCGCGUACGGCGCUCGUGCGCUGGUGGAGGGAGGGUGGCAGUGCGUGCCGCGCGUCGCCUUCCCCGGCGGCGCGCUGGCCGGGGACUCCGCCGGCUUCCUCAACGUGCCGCGCAUCAAGGGCACGCACAACGCCAUGAAGAGCGGCAUGCUGGCGGCCGAAGCAGCUAUGGAUCUCAUCAUAUCUGGUGAAGCCACGCACGACAAGGGAGUGACCCCCACGCAGUAUGUGGACAAGCUGAACGAAUCUUAUGUAUACAAAGAAUUAAAGCAAGUCCGCAACUGCCGUCCCUCUUUCCACACGUCGCUGGGUCUGUACGGAGGUAUCGCGUACUCUGGCUUCAGCACCAUAGUGCGAGGGAAGGAACCUUGGACCUUUAGCCACGGAGGCGCGGAUCACGCCAGACUGAAGCCUGCCAAAGAAAGUCAACCAAUUGAAUAUCCUAAGCCAGACGGUGUAGUCACCUUCGACCUGUUAUCAUCGGUGGCACUCACUGGUACAAACCACGAGGCGGAUCAGCCAGCCCACUUGACUCUGAAAGACGAUACCAUACCCGUGAAACGUAACCUCGCCGAGUUCGACGGACCGGAGGCGCGAUUCUGUCCGGCAGGUGUGUACGAGUAUGUACCGAUGGAGAGCGGCGAUGGCCAACGUCUCCAGAUCAACGCACAAAACUGUAUCCACUGUAAGACAUGCGACAUUAAAGACCCUUCACAGAACAUCAACUGGGUGGUCCCCGAGGGCGGCGGUGGCCCUGCAUACAAUGGGAUGUAG